GGGCCGCGCGGCCAGACCGGACUCGGACGGCGCGGCUGGCACCGGGGAGCACCGCGGCUGCGUAGCGAGCAAUGGCCUGAGCCCCCAUGGCUGCCCCUCAGGACCUGGACAUCACUGUGUGGCUGGCCAAGGUACAUCUGGAGCAGUAUGCAGACACGUUCCGGCAACAUGGCCUGGCUACAGCAGGCGCAGCCCAAGGCCUGGGCCACGAGGAGCUGAGGCAGUUGGGCAUCAGCGCCACAGGGCACCGGAAACGCAUUCUGCGCCUGCUGCAGGCGGGCACUUCGGAGGACUCCCUGGAUCUCAAGUCGGAUAGUACCAUGGAGCCAUCCCCCAGCCCAGACCCCCAAUCCCAGCCCUCCAAGCCCAUACCCAAGCCCAGGACAGUGUUUAGUGGGCUCAGUGGCCUUCCUACGCCCCAGAGGCCUGGGCUGAGCCCAGCCUUGUGGGCACCAGAAGUAUCUAGAAAUUCAAAGUGCAGCUCCAGGUCACCUCCUCUUCCUACAUCAUCCUCUGAGCAGCUGUCAACCUCAAAUACCAUGGAAAUGAUGCCCAAUGCCAUCUACUUUGGCCUGGACUUAAGAGGCGGGGCACAGACAGCUCAGGACAAGGGUCCAGACAGCUCCCAGACAGCUGCUCCCACCCCUGCCCCCACCCCUACCCUCAGGCCCACAACAGGCACAGUGCACAUCAUGGAUCCUGGUUGCCUGUACUAUGGUGUCCAGCCUGUGGGGAGCCCAGGCACCACUGACAGAAGGGAAGGCAGAAGUGUCUGUCAGGACAGGGCUGAACUCAGGCUCAGCAGGCAGGAGCUGGAGGCACGAGAAGAUGCCGGCUAUGCCAGCCUCGAGCUACCUGGGGACUCCAUCCUCUCAUUACCCACUGUGGACACAGAGGAGAGCAGUGAUGACCUCAUUUCACCCUAUGCCAGCUUCUCCUCCACAGCAGACCGCCCCAUGCCCCUGCUCAGUGGCUGGCUAGACAAACUCUCGCCCCAGGGAAACUAUGUCUUCCAGAGACGCUUUGUGCAGUUCAACGGAAGGAGUCUGAUGUACUUUGGCAAUGACAAGGACCCGUUCCCCAAGGGUGUGAUCCCCCUAACUGCCAUUGAGAUGACCCGCAGCAGCAAGGACAAUAAGUUCCAGGUCAUCACGGUCCAGAGGGUGUUUGUGUUCCGCACAGAGAGCGAGGCUCAGCGGGACAUGUGGUGCUCUACGCUGCAAUCCUGCCUGAAGGAACAGCGCCUCCUGGGCCACCCCAGGCCACCCCAUCCACCCCGACCCCUCCGUACUGGCAUGCUGGAGCUACGUGGACACAAGGCCAAGGUGUUUGCUGCCUUGAGCCCCGGAGAACUAGCCCUGUAUAAGAGUGAGCAGGCCUUCUCCCUGGGCAUCGGGAUCUGCUUCAUUGAACUGCAAGGCUGCAGUGUCCGGGAGACUAAGAGCCGAAGCUUCGACUUGCUCACACCCCAUCGCUGCUUCAGCUUCACAGCAGAGUCUGGGGGGGCUCGGCAGAGCUGGGCGGCCGCUCUGCAGGAAGCAGUAACCGAGACCCUGUCUGACUACGAGGUGGCUGAGAAGAUCUGGUCAAAUCGGGCAAACCGGCACUGUGCAGACUGCGGGGCCUCCCGCCCAGACUGGGCUGCUGUCAACCUGGGGGUGGUCAUCUGCAAGCAGUGUGCAGGUCAGCACCGGGCCCUGGGUUCUGGGAUCUCCAAGGUGCAGAGCCUGAAGCUGGACACAAGUGUCUGGAGUAAUGAGAUAGUGCAGUUGUUCAUUGUCCUGGGAAAUGAUCGUGCCAACCGCUUCUGGGCAGGGGCCCUACCUCCAGGUGAGGGGCUGCAUCCAGAUUCGACCCCUGGCUCCCGGGGAGAAUUCAUCUCCCGCAAGUACCGGCUGGGUCUCUUCCGGAAGCCCCACUCUCAGUAUCCAGAUCAUAGCCAGCUUCUCCAGGCACUGUGUGCAGCUGUGGCAGGCCCCAACCUGCUGAAGAACAUGACCCAGCUUCUCUACGUUGAGGCCUCUGAGGGCGAGGAGCCCUGGUCACCCUCAGCCCUCGAUGGUAGCUUGCCUGGCCCACCCCCAGACCCCGGUGUAUACAAUGAGGUGGUGGUGCCUGCCUCUUUCAGCAGCUUCCUGUACUGCGGUUCCGUCAGCAACAAGGCUGGACCCCCACCCCCUCGGAGAGGCCGGGAUGCUCCUGCCCGGCUGUGGUGCGUUUUGGGAGCAGCUCUGGAAAUGUUUGCAUCAGAAAGCAGCCCUGAACCCCUCAGCCUCAUCCAGCCCCAGGAUGUUGUAUGUCUGGGUGUGAGCCCCCCACCCAUUGACCCGAGUGACCUCGACAGGUUCCCCUUUUCCUUUGAGCUCAUCCUCACUGGAGGGAGGACCCAGCAUUUUUGCACAGAGGGAGCUGAUAGCUUGGAGGCCUGGGUCAGCGCUGUGGGCAAGUGGUUCUCCCCGCUGAGCUGUCACCAACUGCUGGGGCCCGGGCUGCAGAGGCUGGGCCGCCUGUGGCUGCGUUCCCCCUCCCAUACAACCCUGGCCCCUGGCGACUGGCUGUCAGCGUUUGGCCUGCUUCGUGGUGAUCACCUGUUCCUGUGUCCAGCGCCGGGCCCUGGCCCACCAGCCUCUGAGGACAUGGUGCAUUUACGGCGGCUACAGGAGAUCAGUGUGGUCUCUGCAGCUGGCACUCCAGACAAAAAGGAUCAUUUGGUCUUGGUGGACACCGGAAGGACCCUGUAUCUGCAGGGGGAGAGCCGGCUGGACUUCUCAGCGUGGAACGCAGCCAUUGAGGGGGCUGCUGGAGGGGGAGGCACAAGGCUGAAGGAGCAGCAGAUGAGCCGGGGUGACAUCCCCAUCAUUGUGGAUGCCUGCAUCAGUUUUGUCACCCAGCAUGGGCUCCAGCUGGAAGGUGUAUAUCGGAAAGGGGGUGCUCGGGCCCGCAGCCUGAGACUCCUGGCUGAGUUCCGGCAGGAUGCACGAUCCGUGAAGCUUCGGCCGGGGGAGCACUUUGUGGAGGAUGUCACUGACACGCUGAAACGCUUCUUCCGAGAGCUGGAUGACCCUGUGACUUCUGCUCGGUUGCUGCCUCGCUGGAGGGAGGCUGCCGACCUACCCCAGAAGAAUCAACGCCUGGAGAAAUACAAAGAAGUCAUUGGCUGUCUGCCUCCGGUCAACCGCCGCACACUGGCCACCCUCAUUGGGCAUCUCUAUCGGGUGCAGAAGUGUGCAGCCAUAAACCAGAUGUGCACUCGGAACCUGGCCCUGCUGUUUGCACCCAGUGUGUUUCAGACAGAUGGGCGGGGGGAGCACGAGGUGCGGGUGCUGCAGGAACUCAUUGACGGCUACGUCUCAGUCUUUGAUAUUGAUUCUGACCAGGUAGCUCAGAUUGACUUGGAGGUCAGUCUUAUCACCACCUGGAAGGAUGUGCAGCUGUCCCAGGCUGGAGACCUAAUCAUGGAGGUUUAUAUAGAGCAGCAGCUCCCAGACAACUGUGUCACCCUAAAGGUGUCCCCAACACUGACUGCUGAGGAGCUGACUAACCAGGUAUUGGAGAUGCGAGGAACAGCAGCAGGGACAGACUUAUGGGUGAUGUUUGAGAUUCUCGAGCAUGGGGAGCUUGAGCGGCCGCUGCACCCAAAGGAGAAGGUCCUAGAGCAAGCCUUGCAGUGGUGCCAGCUCCCAGAGCCCUGCUCAGCCUCCCUGCUCCUGAAGAAAGUCUCCCUGGCCCAGGCUGGCUGCCUUUUCACAGGUGUCCGGCGUGAGAGCCCACGGGUAGGGCUGCUGCGUUGUCGUGAGGAGCCACCCCGCUUGCUGGGAAACCGCUUCCAGGAGAGGUUCUUUCUGCUGCGUGACCGCUGUCUGCUGCUGCUCAAAGAGAAGAGGAGCUCUAAACCAGAACGGGAGUGGCCUCUGGAGAGUGCUAAGAUCUACCUGGGAAUCCGCAAGAAGUUAAAGCCUCCAACACCGUGGGGCUUCACAUUGAUACUGGAGAAGAUGCACCUCUACUUGGCUUGCACUGAUGAGGAUGAGAUGUGGGAUUGGACGACCAGCAUCCUUAAAGCUCAGCACGAUGACCAGCAGCCAGUGGUCUUAAGACGCCGUUCCUCCUCUGACCUCACCCGUCAGAAGUUUGGCACUAUGCCCUUGCUGCCCAUCCGUGGGGAUGACAGUGGAGCCACCCUCCUCUCUGCCAAUCAGACCCUGCGCCGGCUACACAACCGGAGGACCCUGUCCAUGUUCUUUCCGAUGAAGUCAUCCCAGGGGUCUGUGGAAGAGCAAGAGGAGCUGGAGGAGCCUGUGUAUGAGGAGCCAGUGUACGAGGAGGUAGGGGACUUCCCAGAGCUCACCAAGGAGACCUCCUCGUCCUUCUCUACCACACAGGAAUGGACAGCCAAGCCAGAGGGCCUCCUCCCCAGCCAGAGGUCCUUUGAUCAACCCCCUCUUUCCAAGACAAGCACCCUGGGCUUGGAGGAGAGGCCACCUGAGCCCCCUCCAGGCCCCCCUUCCAAAAGCAGUCCCCAGGCACAGGGGUCUCUGGAGGAGCAGCUGCUCCAGGAACUCAGCAGCCUCAUCCUGAGGAAGGGAGAGGCCAAUGCAUGUCCAGAAAACCCUUCGCAGUCAUCCAGCCCCAAUGGUCUUGCAACAGAGACACCUGGCUUCCCCUCCCAACCCCCUUGCACUUCCAGUCUGCCUUCCAGCCAGCCUCUGACAUGACCCUGGGAUCCGAAGCUCAGGGUGUAGGUACCCAGAGGAGGACCCAGGAUCUCACCAUGGCAGACACUGCUGAGAUCUUCCUCUUCUCUGGCUGGAAAGACUCUGGACUCCACUGUGGUGCUAUGGAAGAAGCACUGGUGUGAGGGCCUCAGAAGCCAUGGCUCUCAUGGCAGAUCAUAGCUCCUCUGGGUGGCCUCAGUGCAUUUAUCUGUACCACGAAGUCACUGAAAUAAGGAGUUGUGUUCCUUGGCUGUAAACCCCACAUUUUUUCUCUCAACAAGGGCAACUCCUGCUUUAUAUAUUUGAUACGUAAGGGUUUUGUGAGAGGUUUGGGAUAAAAGGAUGGUUUCACUAGCAUUAAAGAAAAAACAGGUUUGGAAGCCAGAGACCUGGAUGAUGUCGAAGUCUAUCCUAUCACACAUCCUACAUUCCGGGAAUACACUGAAGCCCUGGGAUGGGGAAAUUGAUUGGGCUUGGGAACUGGGGGGAGGGGAGCCAAAAAAAAAAAGGGUAGGUCACUAGUAAUAAGCCUUGGAAUCAAAAGGCAGUCGUUCUUUUAUUCAUUCAUUCAUUCAAUAAAUAUAUUUUGAGUACCAGGUC